AAAGCGUCGUCAAGCACAGAGUAUAAAUGGCUGUUUAUAGCAACAAGCACUCAAAACACAAAUUGCAAGCAUUUUGAAAUCUAUUCCCGUUUCACGUUGAGAAGAUUGUAGCAUAAGCAAUUCAUUAGAAAAUGUUUUUCUCAAUUAACUGGCUUCCUGUGUUUACGCUGGCAACUGGGUUUUUGUGUUUUGUUUAUACAGAACAGAGCAGUCACGCAGAAUCACACAGCGUCAACAGCAUCGAAUGGACGCCAAUAAAAGCGUGGGACGUUGACAGGAUGUACAAUAAUAGCUUCAUGAGUGACAUUAGGUUAACAUUCGGAAAAAAGCCCGAGAACGUUUUCUACGCUCACAAGUACGUGCUGGCUCUGAGCAGUCCUGUGUUUUACGACAUGUUCUAUCGGAAAGACGCGAGACCCGUCCAGACCAUUCGCCUAUCAUAUCACGGCGACAACCUUGCUGGGUUCUUAAGCUAUAUUUAUAAAGACGAUUGCCCGACAAUUCAUGACAAAUCUUUCAAUACACUGGAAUUGAUGAUAAAGUACAAAGUAUAUUUGCAUCCUGAUUGCCACAAUUCACUUAAACGCAGCACAGAAUCGCAAACGGCCUUCAAGUUUGUUGGAAAAUUUUUGGAAUUAAAAGCGAAAGCGUUUGCUGAGAUAUGCCUUAAUAAAAUAGACGCUCUUGCAGAAGACUUUUUCGCUUCAAAGUACUUCUUAAACAUCAAGCAAAGUACAUUGAAAAUAUUGUUGGACAGGGAUACGCUUUACCUCAAUGAAACAAAUAUAUUUAAGGCUGUAUUAAAGUGGGCUGAUCAUCAAUUAUCACCGGAAAUCAACACUGCAGAAAACCGCAGAAGGGUUCUUGGUAAUGCAAUAUAUUCUAUCCGUUUCCUGCUUAUGACUCAAGGCGAAUUUACCAAAGAUGUUAUCUCAACCAAUAUUCUACAGGAUAACGAAGCUAUGGACAUCAUUCGGCUAAUGAACGGGAAGGACACGAAAAACACAGUUUGGGAUUCAAAAAUGAUAAAGAGGGAACGCCUUCGCGGGCAAUUUCAUGAAGAAAUUGAAGGCAGUGCUGCUGCUGAAAAGAUUACACUUGGUGAUUCACGUUUUUACAGGUUAUGUUUAGCAACAGCAUUCAUUGUAUUAUUCACUUAUUUUUGCACGAAAAGAAGUAGUUAACCAGGGAUCCAAGGAUAGCGCAAAGUUUCCAUGCCCUGUAAUACCUGUAAUCAACAGGAAAUUACUCAAAGUACGUUA